GAUCAAUUGCCAGCAUCUCAAUCUACAAAUAAAGAAAAACAAGUUACAGUGAAUCUUGAUAAUGUGGAUGAAUUACCUGAAUAUAAAGAAGUACACGUUAGUGAAAGUUAUAAUAAUGUGGAUGAAUAUAAAGAUGUAUAUGGUAGUGAAAGUUAUACUCAAGUUACAGUGAAUCUUGAUAAUGUGGAUAAAUUACCUGAAUAUAAAGAAGUGCACGUUAGUGAAAGUUAUACUCAAGUUACAGUGAAUCUUGAUAAUAUGGAUGAAUUAUCUGAAAAUGAAGAAGGAUACGUUAAUGAAAGUUAUACUAAAGACAAUGAAGACGAGGUUGAUAAUAUUGUUAACAAUUAUGCAAGACAAAACGGAUUUGUAGCUACAAAGUGUCAUAAAGAUCUUAACCUGGUUGAUAAAAAUAUUGUUCGUCAGCAUGUUUAUAAAUGUUGGAAAGGUGGAAAAACUAAGUCAAAAAAAGUAGAGGAUAUUAUUUCACAUCAUGAUACUGCUUCAACUAAAACAACGUGUUCAUGGCAAGUAGCCUUCUAUAAUGGAAAGUGUACAACUUCUAUACAUCUUACCAAAAUUGAGAAUACCUAUAAUCAUCCAUGUGAUCCAGUAAAUAUAAAACUAGCUCCUAAAAAUCUAAGGUUUCCACAAUCAAUUUUGGACAAAAUUAAACAUUAUAUAGUUAAUGGUGUUCGUAUAUAUGAUGAGUCUGAUUCAGCUUCAAUGCUAUCAUAUCUUAUAGAGCAGUGCAAUAAUGAUUCUGAUUAUAUUGUUAAACCAUGGCUAGAGGGACCGUCCAAUGAACUUACCAGACUUUUUUGGAUGACUGAUCAGCAACGAAAUGAACUUUGGCCUAAGUUUUACGAUGUUGUUAUUCAUGACAACACAGCAAAGACUAAUCGAUAUGAAAUAGCGCUUAGUUUAUUUAUUAGGAUUGAUAAUAAUUAUAAAUCAAGGAUUUUAGCACAAGCUCUAAUAAAAUAUGAACCGUUAGCUGAUUAUACAAUGUUGGCUGCAGUACAACUUGUUUAUCCAAAGACACGUCACUUGACAUGUAUUUAUCAUAUUGGUGAGAAUAUAAAAAAGAAGGCUAAGUCUAAGUUGCAUGGUGAUUCAAUUAAGAGUUUCAUAGAAGACUUUUAUCGUAUGCAUAAUAGUCAUAGUUUAGCUCAAUUUGAAUUAAAGUAUAAUGAGAUGCUUACAAAAUAUAAGCAAUAUCGGGAUUAUCUUGAAAAAAAGCUUUAUCCGAGUCGAGAUUUAUGGGCAAGAUAUUCUAUAAGAAAAAUAUUCACAGCUGGAGUUGAAUCAACCCAACGAGUUGAAUCUCUUAAUGGUGUUCUUAAGAAACAUCUGGAUCGUGGAACUCUGUUGAAAGAGUUAGUGAAA